AUGCCAGCUCCUGCCCCUACUAUGGCCAUGAACCCGCCCACUCUACCCCUCACGCCCGCCAAGCACGAGAACGCCCUCAAAGCCGCCGCCCACACAAAUAACAACGGCCAGAAACAAGUCUCACUUGCAGAACAUUUUCACAUCUUCGUGGGAGACCUCAGCCCAGAGAUAGAGACCCAUACACUCAGAGAUGCCUUUGCGCCUUUUGGAGAAAUAUCGGACUGCCGCGUGGUGCGGGAUCCUCACACUCUCAAGUCCAAAGGAUACGGCUUCGUGUCCUUCGUCAAAAAGGCGGACGCGGAGACAGCAAUCACCAAUAUGAAUGGCCAAUGGAUAGGUUCUCGUAACAUCAGAACCAACUGGGCCACAAGGAAACCGCCAGCACCCAAGAAUAAUGAUGCCAAUCAGAAACCUCUCACUUUUGACGACGUGUACAACCAGUCCUCGCCCACUAACUGCACUGUUUACUGCGGAGGCAUCACUAACGGCUUGUCUGAGGAGCUUAUGCAGAAAACUUUCGCUCCUUAUGGCCAGAUACACGAGAUUCGAGUCUUCAAGGAUAAAGGAUAUGCUUUCGUCAGGUUCUCCACCAAGGAAUCUGCCACCCACGCCAUUGUUUCAGUGCACAACUCGGAAAUAAAUGGCCAACCUGUAAAGUGUUCCUGGGGCAAAGAGUCCGGAGAUCCUAACAACACGCCCGUCACCACCCAGGUCAUGAGCCUGACCGAUGUGACAGAUUGCUUGUCUUUCCAGCCACUGCCAGGGACCCAGUACCCUUACAACUACGGCGGCCAAAUGGGCUAUUGGUACCCCCAGGGAUACCCCCCCCAGGUCCAGGGACAGCAGUUUCUGGGCAUGCAAGGGUUCGCUAACGGACAAUAUGGAUACCAGCAGGGGAUGGCAGGCAUGGCCGGCGUCCCAGCUUGGCAAGGCGUCCCACAGCCACAGCUCCCCACAGGACAGAUGCCACAGCUACAGCAGCCGACCUCUGUAGUGGGCGCCUACCCUGUACAGCAAUUCCAGCUGUCAAGCCCGUACCUCCUGGGCACCACUCCAGGGACCCUGGUGCAGUAAGAAGAAGAAGAAGAGGAGAGAAGAAAUGAAAGAAUAUUAGUUAUCUCCUCCUUCUCCUCCUCCUCCUCCUCUUCUGCCUCCUCCUCCUCCUCCUCCCAAGCCUCUCUCUCUCCAUAGCAAGUUAAUCAAGAGAGAGA